AUGAGGUACGCCCGCCUUGGCGACAUUUCAUCGGUUGGGCAGCGCAAGCUAAGCCAGGAGACCCUCAACGCGGCCAUCGCCUCCAUUUUGAAGGGGUCGCAGGAGAAGAAGAGGAAGUUCGUGGAGACGAUUGAACUGCAGAUCAGCUUGAAGGACUAUGACACGCAGAGAGACAAGCGUUUCUCCGGGUCUGUAAGGCUGCCUCACGUGCCUCGUGCUAAGUCGAAGGUUUGCGUAAUUGGCGAUGCCGUGCACAUGGAGGAGGCGAAGGCGUUGGGCUUGGACUGCAUGGACAUUGAGGCCCUCAAGAAGAUAAACAAGAACAAGAAGAUCGUCAAGAAGUUGGCUCGCAAGUACGAUGCCUUCUUGGCCUCUCAGGCUCUGAUUCCGCAGAUCCCGCGUUAUCUCGGGCCUGGCUUGAACAAAGCCGGCAAGUUCCCCACCUUGAUUACACACCAAGACAAAAUAGAAGACAAAAUCCUUGAGGUCCGCUCCUCUGUCAAGUUUCAACUCAAGAAAGUCCUAUGUAUGGGCGUCGCUGUGGCCAACGUGGAGAUGACUGAGGCCCAGGUGCGCUACAACCUGACGAUGGCGAUCAACUUCCUCGUUUCUUUGCUGAAAAAGAAUUGGAACAACGUGAAGCGACUGCACAUUAAGAGCACCAUGGGCAAGUGCCACACCAUCUACGGUUGA